UUAUGGAAGACCAGAACCAAACCAGCGAGCUGUAUAGAAGAAUUACGUGCGUUAGAGACCAAGAUGUGAUCGUGCUUGCAGAAAGGGAUGAAAAAGAUAGGGAAGUGGCCAUCUUUAGGGCCGAAUAUGCUGAUGGUAUAGAGAGGAAUGGAGGGAUUUUUAAGUCUGCAGAUAUAUCAAGGGAAUUGCAAGUUGUUCUUCAACUAGUGGCUGAGAAUUGUGGAAUAGUUCCAAGAGGAUCAAGUGAAGAGGAUCGUGACGAUUUGAUUGAAGACUAUGUGUUUAAAAAUAUUGAUUUUGGGAAUGAUGAUGAAGGGAGAGAAGAUUGGCAAGACCUUAUUCGAGUUGCAUUUGACAAAGAAUUUGAUUGCGAAUUGGACCUUGAUUGGUCAUAUAAGAAGUUAACACAAGAAAGAGAACUAAUACUAAAACUUGAGACUGAAUUCAGAACACUAGAAGAACCUAAGACAACUUCUAUACUCUAAAAAGAAUUACAUUCGAGAACUGUAUUUUCCCUGAGAUCAAAACCCGAAGACAAGCAAGGUACUUAUACCCCACAUUGACAGAAGUACUAGAUGAAGAACUCUCAUUCAAUUCAGCUGCCAGAAUACUACACUCCUUCACUUUCUCGAAUUGUUCAUUUAGAGGAGAGGCUUGCAUUACAUUGAGAUUUUUCUUAGAAAGAUUCCACGACCUCUCUGCUCUAUUUGUCAAGAAUUGUAAGAAGAAUGGGGAUUAUCACGACCCAGACGGAGGAUUCUUUCCGCUCAAUGAAAUAGACCACUCUGCAAUCAAGGUGAACAGUUUCCAGACGGAACAAGUGAUGGCCUGGCAUGAAGAGCAAUAAUCUAUCUGAAUUCCAUUGCCAGUUUUAUAAUUUUAUAUAUUCCUG